GCGUUAAUAUGACGCUCCUGUCUGUGGGUCGCUCUCGCUGUUCGCCCUCCGCUGCUGUCGUCUGCUCGGUUGUAACAAAUGCUCCGCUAUAGGUGCCAUCGAGAAACCGUCGAACGACAAUAACUUGAACUACUCCAUGGCAAAUAUCGUUUUCUCUUCUAGUCUCCCCACCACUCUUUAAAAAUUCCGCCUAAAAAGAAAAAGCGUUCUGUCCCCUCUUUUGGGUUUUCAGCGGACGUGUACAACAACUACCCAGAGGAUCUAGGGGCAGCUCUAUACCGAGAGCCAUUUGACUUCAACGCCGAGCCACCUUGGGAUCCUAGCUGAUAGUGGACGAGUUCAUCCCAGGACUCAUCCAUUUUGUUGCAUAAGUCUAGGACCCCAGGGGCUCGAGAGGGAGCGAGCAAGACCACUUCGCACUAGCCACAUUCUUUAUGCCUGUUGGAUUUGAAGAAAACGGUUGAGAGGAUGAAAGGAAUUGCUGAUGAACCGCAGUAUUCUGUUGGCCUGCUGGAGGGAGGCAUGGCCCUCUGUGAUGUUAUUGACAAUCACAUUUAUGAGCAAACACUGUCUGAGAAGAAUGCAUUCUUUGUAGCAGAUCUGGGAGUCAUAAUGAGGCAGCAUGUUCGCUGGCGGACCCACAUGUCCCAGAUCAGACCAUACUAUGCUGUCAGGUGCAAUAGCAGCCCAGCUGUGAUUGAAGUCCUUGCUGCCCUUGGCACUGGGUUCAUAUGCACCAACAAGUCUGAACUGGAAUUGGUGCAGAGCCAUGGUAUUCCCUCUGAAGAUAUCAUCUACAGUGGUGUUUGCAAACAAGUUUCCCAGAUUAAAUAUGCUGCUAAAAAUGGCAUUGACCUCCUGGUGUGUGAUAAUGAAGCAGAGCUGCGCAAGAUUUCUCGCUGCCACCCCAAUGCCAAGCUGCUGCUACAGGUGUCAACGGAAGCGUCAAACCCGGACGAUGACAUGAGCAUGACAUUUGGCUGUUCGCUCAAGGACUGCAGGCAUCUGCUGGAGAGUGCUAAGGAGCUGGGUGUGCAGGUAGUUGGGGUCAGGUCUCACAUUUCCACCUCCUGUGACGAUGACCAGGUGUAUGUUCAUGCUGUUUCCGAUGCCCGUUGUGUCUUUGAUAUGGGGGAGGAAAUUGGCUUCAACAUGAAAAUCUUGGACAUUGGAGGCGGAUUCAGCGGCUCUGAGGCCCAGCUGGAACUGAUUAAUACUGCAGUCAUGUCUAUGGUGGACCUAUACUUCCCUCCAUCUUCAGGAGUUUCCAUCAUUGCUGAGCCUGGCAACUUCUUCGUGUCCUCUGCUUUCACACUGGCUGUCAAUGUCAUCUCCAAGGAGGUGGUGGCACGUGAUCCCCAGGACCAGGAGCAUGAUCUGUCUCCCAAUGAAGAGCCAGCGUUCCAGUACACUAUGAACGAAGGAGUGUAUGGAUCAUUUGCCAGCAAACUAUCUGAAACACUGAUAUCUGCCCCAACUGUUCACAAGCAGAACACUUCCCUGGAUGUACCGGUGUUCAGCAGCAGCUUGUGGGGUCCCUCUGGAGAUGAUCUGGACCAGGUAGUGGAGCACUGUCUUUUACCUGAGCUCAACAUUGGAGACUGGCUCAUGUUCACACAUGCUGGCUCCUAUAGUCUGGGUCAACCACUGUGCUCCUCCACUGACUCACCACCACCCCCUGUGUACUACGUCAUCUCCUCUAGAGACUGGUUUGAGAUGCAGGACACUGGUGUUACCAACGAGGCUACACUUAAGAACUUCUCCCUGGUCCCGUACUUCCUCAAUUCCUGCCAAACAGAGGCUGCACUGUCUGUCCCAGCUUAGGAAACAUCUGACUGGGACCAGAAGUCUUUUCACUUCUCUCACUUGUUUCUGCUGCUAGCUUCCUUUGGUUCACAUUCCACUGGGGUCAACUCCCCCAGUAGUGCUUGAAAUUGCCUGGACCAGACCAAAUUCAUCUCACAGACCCCAGUGCACAGCGCUUCUAUGUGGUCAGCCCUGGAAACCCUCAGUAGGUGUUAAUUAGUAUGCAACAAAAUGGAUGAGUCCAGAAAAGACAGUUUGGGGGCUCCUCUUGAACUACAGUUUACACCCCUACAGUAGACACCAAUACUUUUAAAUGAUUAUAUUUGACAGAUAUUAUUAUUCAUAUCUCCUUUGCUGUUGUCAGUCUUGUAUAUUAUGUGUAUUCUUGAUUGAAGCAGUGUAUUUAAAAAAAGAAACACUUCUGAGAUUAUAUAGAAAGUUUUGCCAAAAGAUUUGUAUUUCUGAUUUUAAUUUGUUGUGUAGUUUUUUCGUGUCUGCGCAAAGGCUAGAAUCCAUUAUUACAUUGAAAAAGUGGCAUCUUCAUAUUAAAUUGAGAGCUUGGAGCAUAUCUUUGCUGUACAUAGAAAAUGUUUGGCGUUACCGUGGCGUCAGUUUCUGGAAAAUGAUUUGAAAGCUAAAAGGUUAAUGUCCUUAAAUAAGCUGGUGUCUGCGUGCUUUUCCAAAGUGCUGAGUGUCUUGCUCCCAAGCAGGUGAGUGUUCUGCUACCCGACAGCCAAGCAGGUUUUAUUAGACAGCA